UGACAGAUUAAGGUACUGUUACCUACAUUACGUAUCUUAUAUUUAAGUAGUUUAAGGUAGACAAUUAGAAACUUAUCUUUUACUCAUUUUAUUAUUCAGACAGUUAUUAAAUAAGAAAGGUUCAUUAAUAUGGUUUCUUCUUGGAGUCCAGAUAAGAAACAUAGUGAUGUGGAAAGAUGGAUCUGUAUUUAUCCUGCUUAUAUGAAUAGUAAAAAAACACUUGCAGAAGGCCGUAAACUAUCAAAAGCUUACUGUGUCGAAAAUCCGACUCAUCAGGAGAUCAGAGAUGUUCUUUUAGCCACAGGUCUACAUGUUGGUGUGGAAAAUAAACUGUAUCCACGAGAAAGAAGUAAGGAAAUGCAGUAUAGAGGCAGGAUUCGAGUGCAAUUGAAAAAUGAUGAUGGCACACCAAUUAAACCAGAAUUUCCUACUAGGGAAUCGGUUAUGAAAUUCAUUGGUGAAUCAAUACCAAAACUGAAAACUCGUCAGAAUAGGCCUGCUGAUCAACAACCUCAAACAACAAGUCAAUCUAGCAGCAAGAGUAAGGGCAAGAAAGGCCGUAGAUAAUAUAUUACAAACAAGUUAUUCUUUAUUUUAUUAAAAGUCUUAUAAUAAACAUAUAAGUUAAAA